GUUGAACCGUCUAGGAACAUCGACACUCGUGCGGCGACCGCGACCGCGACCGCGAUCGCCACCGUCACGAUUUUACGGACCUUGGCGAUUUUUUCACGCGCGGUUUCGCCAUCGAUCGUUGCGUCGAUCCUCCACGUCAUCGUCGUAGUUCGGCUGCCUCCUUGUCUACGAUGAUCCAUCGCGCGCCACCGGCUCCCNNNCGAACGAACCACGCUCGAUCGUCAGCGCGCGAUUUUCUACGCUGCCACGAAGAAUCAGCCGCGAAAGUCGUCUUGUGCGCGCCACCGCUGACAUCGUUGUUCCGGUUGCUCGUUUCGUUCGAGUCAGCCUCGGCAGCUGUCUCGGAUGCCUCUUUGGUACGGGGGAAAAACUUCUUCCGCAGGAAGAUGUCGGUGAAUCUGUUUCUCACGAUUAAGAAGUCGUAGACGAAUCAGCCACCAUCCACGAGCCAUCGACCGUCAUCACGGAACAGCCAUCGCGCUUCCGCCGCUUGUUAUUCCGUGAAUUAACGGCAGGUCACCGUUAAUUAAUCCACGAAUCGGCGCAGCGGUAAUUAACGCCGCAGCCUUCGUCGCUUGGAUCGGUCGAUCGAUCGCCCAAGAUUUACGCGACUUCUCGACGAAUCCCUUCGAGACCGGCAACCAGAAAUUGUGAAAUCUCGAACGGAAAGUCCGAGGCGGAGGCAGUUAACGAUAAAAGGGUGCGAAGACGUGUAUACGUAGUAGGAGGGACGAGGACGAAACGGCGACAGACAAAUCAAAGCGGAGGCGGUGGAAGAGCGCGAAAGCGAGGGAAGUAGGGUUCGAAAAUCGAGCAAGAAGUUUCGCCAAGUGUCUAAACUCGGCGAAAUUGGACGUAAAGCGACGACGAACCGGCAGAGACAGCGACGUGGCUGUAUCUGACGAACUCGGAGGAAAGACGAGGGCGGGGAGGAAUAAAAGGCGAACGUCGAAAAGCGACGAUAUCGAAUCGAAGGAAAAGCGCAACGGUAGUGAAAAAAAGUAAACAGCCCUGUGCGGGGAGUGAAAGCCGUGAAAGCCGUGAAAGCCGUGAAAGCCGAGUGGAAGAAACAAGGUGACGAGUUAAGAGCAACGAAAGAAUCUCGACGGAGAGAAACGACCUUCGGGCUAGAGAUCUAAUAACAGGGAGACAGUAGGCUGGAGGGAAUACGAAGAAAAAGAAACAAGAUUAAGUGGUUGGGGCAACGAAACGACGACAAGGGGGCGGCGGCAGAGGCGGAGGAGCGAAUAAAGACAAGAAAUCGACGGUGGUAAAAAGAAGACGUUCGAUCAAAUGAAUAACCGAGCCGUGAGUGGGUGGAAGCAUGAGAAUUCUAAGUGGAUGUCUUUUCUCGGCCCGAUCAAAGUAUUCGGCUACACGUUACACAGGCCACCGGCACUCGCGUCACGUAUCCAGAUCCACUGAGGGGCAAAAAUGGGUGCCAACCAGUCGACACGGAACGAGCCUACUCCUGGGGAAGAAGUGAACUUCGAUCACUUUCAGAUCCUGCGAGCCAUCGGGAAAGGAAGCUUCGGAAAGGUUUGCAUAGUGCAGAAACGAGAUCGUACUGGAAACAUGUACGCGAUGAAGUACGUGCACAAGGGUGAGUGCGCGAUGCGGGGUGCGUUGAAGAAUGUCGCACGGGAAGUGGAGAUCCUCUCGCAGCUGGAACACCCCUGUUUGGUGAACCUGUGGUUCAGCUUUCAAGACGAGGAAGACUUGUUCAUGGUCUCCGAUUUACUGCUUGGCGGCGAUCUCAGGUAUCACAUCCAGCAAGAGGUCGUCUUCUCCGAGGAAAGCAUAGUGCUCUUCGUCGCCGAGAUCGCUCUGGCCCUCGAUUAUUUGCAGAGUCACAAAAUCGUACAUCGCGACAUAAAACCCGAUAACAUUCUGUUGGACGAGGAAGGACACGCGCACGUGACGGACUUCAACAUCGCAACGGUAUUGGAGGAUGGAGAAUUGGCUACGUCGAUGUCCGGAACAAAACCGUACAUAGCUCCGGAAAUUUACAUGUGUUCCUGCGAGGAAUACGGCGUUCUUGGCUACGGUUUUGCCGUAGACUGGUGGAGCCUGGGAAUUCUUGCUUGGGAAACUCUCGCGGGAGAACGUCCUUACCCUCUCUGCUCCACUACGACGCACAGAGAGGCUUUGCAGAUCAUGCAGAAAGAAAGACCGACGCCCGUUGACUGGAGCUCCGCGAUCUGCGAGCUUCUGAACAGACUGUUAGUCGUGGCACCAGGCGCGCGAAUAUCGACGCUCAAGGAGCUGAAGCAAGUGAACGCGAUGAGGGAACUCGACUUUGACAAAGUGUUGAACAAGCAGAUCAAACCCUCGUUCACGCCGCCGAAAGAUCACCUGAACUGCGAUCCGACGUUCGAGCUGGAGGAGAUGAUCAUCGAGACGAAGCCGUUGCACAAGAAGAAGAAGCGUCUGGCGAAACAAAGAUCUCUGAAAGUCGACCAUCUGCCCGAGGACACGGCGAUCGGGCUCGCGGAAGGCGCCGGACCGAGCGUCGAUUUCAGACGAUUGGCAUUCAUCCCGGAGUACCGAGUGUAUAAUCGGGAACGCGAGAUGGAGAGGCAGGAGAGGGAAAGGAAGGAGAAACAGUGGGAGGAGGAUUUGAACACUGCCAUGAAGGGUGCCGAAGAGAGACUGAAGACGAAACAGGAGCCGGUACAUCGAACCGGAAACCGACUGAGCGUCUCUACGACCAGCGUAAAGACACGCAUAAACGCAUCCCCUAGGCAAGGAAGACGCGCCAGCACCGCAACAUCGUCGGAUAUCGACUACAUCGAUGCGAGUCCUGAACCUUCCACGUCGUAAAUUUCUCCCGAACAAUCUGUUGUGCGUGAAAAAUAAACGCCGACGCGUAUUCUCGGGAAGAACAUUCUGCGACAAAGUGAUCGUCGUUGGAAAUCACAUUCAGUUGCCGAUUUGUAGCGUAUCGAAGAAUUUGAAAAGUUCUCGAUCGUGGUAAAUUGAUCUAGUCGUCCGAACUAUGGAUUUGUUCGGUUCGAUGACUGGUUAGAAAGUAACGUGAUAAUCGAUAAGAGUAAGAUGAUCGCAGAUCCAACUUUCCAUCGUCUUUUCGUUUCGUUCUGAUCUUCGUAGAAGAAACGAUAUACUCGAAGUUUAUGAUAAAAUAUAGAAAAGAAUUACAAAGAAAUCAACGUUUCUCUACAGAUAAGAUUUCUUUUUCGGAGAAACUUAACUCGUACCUCGAACGAUUGAUCUCACGCCUCUUCUUCGUCUCUCAUAAGGAAAAGCGUAUCGUUUAUUUUUGUAAAGAACGAAAGAAGAAACACUCCCGACCAAAAGUAAAGCCUUUCAAGGACCAUUUUGCCAAACCGAAAACUUAGCGCAAAGAUAUAAGCAGGUACUGGGGACAUGGUCUUUCUUCUUCCUCGAACUCACCUUUCCCUUGGAAAGGGACAAAUUUCGAGCAAACGCACGGUCCAAGAAAUACUCGGAACAAUCUUCGUACGACUCGCACGUUUUAAUCCAAAUCGUUUUAAUCCAUAGUUUCUACCUACGUACUGUUUAACUUCCCUCGUAGAAUGUUACGGAAGUUCGUGUAGUCUCGAUUCCCAUAAAUUUUAUAACGUUAAAUGAAGUUAACAUCGUAAGAUCGUAGCGAUAUACACACGAAGACUCGUAUCGUUCGAAUGUUUUAGCAAUUUACGAUUAACGUUACGAGGAUCGCGCGUUGUUUCUCGAUUCGUAUCCUUGUCAAAUGAUACAUACCUGCCACACCAUUUCGCGUAUACCUCGUGUCUUGUAUAACUACAGAUCAACGAUCGCUCCUCUGAUAAUCAACCGACGAACACCAAGAACAAUGUAAUUUUAUAAAUAGUCGUUAAGAAAGAAUCCUACGCUGUAACGUGAAAUUAAACGAUGAUUGAACGAUCGAACCACUCGAAUCUUGUCUAUCCCUGUUUUCUCGGCAUGGUGUAUCGAUUAUACAAUCGCGACCAACGAAAAUAUUUUUCUCUUUGUUGGAACGAUCAAACGAGGAAAUACGAUCGCUUCUCUUGGUACACGAUCUCUCGUCGCACAGGGUACACGUUUGAAAAAUGAAU